CCUUCACAUCCCAUUGCAGUGCGCGUGAGUCAAACUAGUGCUUCUGGCGUGCGGCAGACAGACCUGGCGCUUUCCACCCGUCUGACGUAGCCUGACUUGACCUGCCUGCCUGCUUGCUCUGAAGGCCUCCAAAGGAACGGGAGCUUCCUUUUCAAACCCGCGCAUCUCUGCGCCCAUCACCACCACCACCCUCCCCACCGCCGGCUCCAGUCUCUCGCCGACGCAGCGCCCGCUCCUCCGAAUACCACGAGCCUGUGCACCACACGCAGACAAGGCACACAGCCACAAGCGGCACCAGACACUCCCGGAACCUGGGGCGAGAGCACGGCGCGGCACUGCUGAGGGAGAAAGCACCUUGAUACCAUACCAGGCCAAGCCAUUCACACCUGCUGCACCGGGAAGAUGGUAGAAGCUGCAGAAGGCGCUGCCCAGCCGACCUGGAAAUUCACGCAGUGCUUUGGCGAUAAAGGCGAUGUUGAGGAUAUCACCGAAGCCGACAUCAUAUCGACCGUUGAGUUCGACCAGACCGGAAACUACCUCGCUACCGGCGACAAAGGCGGCCGUGUGGUUCUCUUCGAGCGUAAUGAGACCAAAAAGACCUGCGAAUACAAAUUUCAUACCGAGUUUCAAUCCCACGAGCCAGAAUUCGACUACCUCAAGUCAUUAGAGAUCGAAGAGAAAAUCAACAAGAUCAAAUGGUGUAGGAGACAAAAUGCAUCUCACUACCUUUUGUCGACCAACGACAAGACCAUCAAGCUGUGGAAGGUCUUUGAGAAGAGCUUGAAGGUGGUGGCCGAAAACAAUCUGUCAUCAGAAUUGACACCUGCUGGCACUGGCAAUGCCAAUGGCGGCGGCCCGGUUCGAUAUCCCAAUCAACAUUUCCGAAGCGUCGCGGACCUCAAGUUUCCACGGAUGACGCAUCACGACACUGUUGUUGCUGCAGUCCCUCGCAGGGUGUAUGCCAACGCUCAUGCGUAUCACAUCAACAGCAUAUCGGUGAACAGCGAUGGGGAGACAUUCAUCAGCUCAGACGAUCUGCGAAUAAACCUUUGGAACUUGAACAUCCAGGAUCAGAGCUUCAACAUUGUGGACAUCAAGCCCGCUAACAUGGAGGAGCUUACGGAAGUGAUAACGGCAGCCGAGUUCCACCCCGUUAGCUGCAACUGGUUCAUGUACGCGUCAAGUAAAGGUACAAUCAAACUGGCGGAUAUGCGGCAAAGAGCGUUGUGUGAUGAGCACGCAAAGCAAUUUGAGCAGGAAGAGGACCCAUCAUCGCGCUCCUUCUUUUCCGAGAUCAUCAGCAGCAUUUCGGAUGUUCGAUUUUCCUACGAUGGUCGCUACAUAUUAUCCCGAGACUACCUUACUGUCAAGAUCUGGGAUGUGAACAUGGAGCGGCAACCUGUCAAGACCAUUCCCAUUCACGAGCACCUCCGACCACGACUUUGCGAUACUUACGAGAACGACAGCAUUUUCGACAAGUUCGAGGUCGUAUUCUCUGGUGACGCGAAGAACGUCAUGACAGGCUCGUAUAACAACAACUUCAUGAUCUAUCCAUCGGAAGAAGGCAAAGACACCGAGGUUGUGCUACAGGCCGACAAGAGCGCGUUCAAGGCAAAGAAGGUCGGGAUCCCGACGCCAAUGAAUGCUGCUGGCGCCAAAGAUGGCAAGAAGGGAAGCCGUGCUAGCUCUCCUGCUGGGGCUCAGCGGAUGAGGAAAGAGACCGAUGCCGACCAAAUCGAUUUUAACAAGAAGAUUCUGCAUAUGAGCUGGCAUCCACAGGAAGACAGCAUCGCCAUCGCGGCGACCAACAACCUUUUCGUAUUCUCGGCAUUGUAAGCACCCUUAUACACGCAAGGACGUAAUAGGGAGGACACGAGGAACGACUUUUGUCCCGAGGUGGGCAGGCGUCGAGUGGCAGCAUUUGCAACAGGAUCUUAGGCGCUAUGAGGAACAAUUAGCGAAAGAUCAGAACAGGUUCGGAUUUGAUCUCUUGGGCGGAGCUGGCGCAAGAACAUGGGCGUCGGGUCUUGCUAGACGAGGGUUAUCCGAAUUAGAGCGUAUGAUAUCGUUUCUCCUCGAGGACGGGUGAAGGCGAUGCUUGGAAUGGUUAGCCAUGGCUAGAGAAGCAGAUAGCAACCGGCGAAAUGUGAGAUAUGACUCCCAGAGCACAGUACGUGAAUCGCCUAUCAUCGACCCCCCAAAGAUGAUGUUUUGAUGUAUGUUCCGGAUCACGAGAUCACAUUUCGUCUCGACUCAAAUUCUACUCAUUUCGUGUG